AAGGGGCAAAGAGGGUAUUAAGCGAGACAUGGCGGACAGCCGCAGAGGAGAGGGCUACGGUUCUGCCCAAGAACACGAGGAUGCCUCAUCGGAGAAGAAGUAUGGGGGACUCGUGCCCAAGAAGAAGCCCUUGAUUACAAAGGACCAUGCAAGAGCCUUCUUUGAUUCAGCAGACUGGGCAUUGGGCAAGCAAGGAGCCGUUGUGAAUCAAGAAUCCACAGCACCAGCGGAGACAUUGCGUCCAAAAUUACAGAGAACACCGCACCAGCGGCUCCCCCCUCGAAGACCCACUUGCACGUCGGGACCAGAUGGUCCGGCCGAAUAAAAAUUUCCGGGUUCCCAAGGAGAGAAGAAAUGGCAUCACGAGUUUUUUUCUUGUUGAUUGUAUGUACAUUGAAACUAGAUGGACAUGUUUAGGUGGCCAUGGAAAGAAGUGGGAGCUUGGUUGAGCUGUUGAUGCUGACUUCUCUUUUCUUCUAUUUUCUCUUAUGCUCAUGUAUGUACAGGCGAAUGAGAGAGAUUUUUAGGAAUAAAAGGAUGUUAUAAUUGCCAUAACUAUUGUAGAACGCUCAUUUUUUUUUA